CGGGCAGAAGAAUUCUGCGCGCGCGGCGGGAAUGGAACGUUGAUAGAGUUCGCGGGUCUAGCUGCUGGGGGCAGGAGCCGCACGCAGUGCGCCGCCGCGCGCCAAAGCGGGAAUCCGGGAGGCGGGCACCUCUGCAAUUAAUGCACGCAUUUAAAACUCCCGAACCUGCGGACGCCAUGCACAGGAAACACCUCCAGGAGAUUCCCGACCAGAGUAGCAACGUUACCACCAGCUUCACGUGGGGAUGGGAUUCUAGCAAGACUUCUGAACUGCUUUCAGGCAUGGGGGUCUCCGCCCUGGAGAAGGAGGAGGUGGACAGUGAGAACAUCCCCCAGGAACUGCUUUCAAACCUGGGCCACCCGCAGAGCCCCCCACGAAAACGGCUGAAGAGCAAAGGGAAUGACAAGGACUUUGUGAUUGUCCGCAGACCUAAGCUAAAUCGAGAGAACUUUCCAGGUGUUUCAUGGGACUCCCUUCCAGACGAGCUGCUCUUAGGAAUCUUCUCCUGUCUGUGCCUCCCUGAACUUCUGAAAGUCUCCAGUGUUUGUAAGAGAUGGUAUCAUCUAGCGUUUGACGAGUCUCUCUGGCAGACCUUAGACCUCACGGGCAGAAACCUCCACCCAGAUGUGGUUGGUCGGCUGCUGUCUCGAGGGGUGGUUGCCUUCCGCUGCCCACGAUCGUUUAUGGACCAACCGUUUGUUGAACGUUUCAGCCCUUUUCGUGUACAGCACAUGGACCUGUCGAACUCGGUGAUCGAUGUGUCUACCCUCCACGGCCUUCUGUCUCAUUGCUCCAAGUUGCAGAAUCUCAGCCUAGAAGGCCUGCGGCUUUCGGAUCCCAUUGUCAAUAAUCUUGCUCAGAACACAAAUUUAGUGCGAUUAAACCUUUCUGGGUGUUCUGGAUUCUCUGAAUCUGCCCUGAAGACUUUGCUGAGCAGCUGUUGCAGAUUGGAUGAACUGAACCUCUCCUGGUGCUAUGAAUUCACUGAAAAGCAUGUGCAGGUGGCUGUCGCACACGUAUCAGAGACUGUCACCCAGCUGAAUCUCAGCGGGUACCGAAAGAAUCUGCAGAGAUCGGAUGUCUCUACCUUAGUUGGAAGAUGUCCCAGUCUUGUCCACCUAGACUUAAGCGAUAGUGUCAUGCUGAAAAGUGACUGCUUUCCGGAAUUCUUCCAGCUCAACUACCUCCAACACCUAUCACUCAGUCGGUGCUAUGACAUAAUACCUGAAACUUUACUAUUUUCUGCAAAUGCUCAACUAACACUACAGAGGACCCAACAGAAGACUCAGAGGCCUUAGAAGAUGGUAGGAGCCAUUGUUCAGAGGUUGCCUGAACACCCCUUGGACAGUGAGCUGAGCUCUAAAUAGACCUUCAGUAUGUUAAGCCACUGAGAUUAUGGGAUUGUUUAUCAAAUCAAUUCACUUAUCCGAAUUAAUACAACCAGGCUUGCAAAUAAGAAAGUUACUAGUUUAUGUGAUUAAAAGUUUUUAAAAAAAUAACUAAUAAAUCAACCCUACCUUCCCUUGAAGGUAUAAAGGUAAUAAAAAUGAAUUCUUCUUCAUUAACUUGCAUACAAAUAUAACCUAGUUAAGGAUAGAUAACACUAGGUAGAAAAUUUUAUUUGCUUAAAAGUUAUAUCAUCCCUUUUGCAAGCUGUUUAAAAAAAAACAACUAGGAUUGUUUUUCUCUGUAAUCUUUUGUUCUAAAUUAGAAAGCGAUCAGGGAUCAAACAUGGUGGUAUAUUUACAAUCUCAAACCUACUCCUAUAUUCAAAAAUCCAAAAUGGCAGCUUCCUAGGAAAUGUUCCCUGCCAACUUGAAGAGAAUUUAAAUAGCAAAUAUGAGUUAUACCUUGAAAUCCUUCUAAAUUUUUCUCAGAAAAUAAAGCUCUUUUAUAAAAAAAAAAAAAACCCAAAAAACCCUCUAACAAGCCCACUAAAAUAGUGCCUAGACAUUGUAAAUGUUAUAUAAUUGCUAAUAACAAUAUUAAUAAUUAAUACAAGUAAAGUAAUUUCCAGGGUUAUUAUUGAGAAAUCUGAAACUACUCUGAUUCCAGAUUCUUUAUAUAUCAAAUAACCUGUUCCAACAACAAUCACCACCAACACCACCAUCACUUCCUUUCUGGAAGCUUGCAAGAGGUUUGCUUUAUCCCUAGUAUUCUGACAUACCUUGGUGUGGGACCUCUUACCACUGACUAUAUUAAGUACUUUGUGGGUCCUUACAUUCAAAAACUGGUGCCUAAGUUUUGAGAAAUUUUCUUAUAUAUAUUUUAUUUUGAACAAUUUCUGUUCUUUUUCUAGAACUAACACUAAUGAGAUAGGAACAUCCUGAAUAUUACUAAGUUUAUAUGUAAUUUUGUUUCAUAUAUGAUAUAUUAAUUUAGCUUAUAAACUAAAAACAGUGAAUCUGAGAUAGGAAUCUGAGCAAUGAAUCUUUAAAUACCAAUCUACAUCUUUCCUAUAAUGCUGUUGGUGAAAAAAACCAAAUCCUGAACAUCUUUUGGAGACAGCAAUAACUUCUUUUGGUGAGGUAUAAAGUAAAAUUUCUAGCUAAGAUUUUAAUAUCUUAAAAAAAAUUUUUUUAAUCUUAAUAUUUACUGCAAUAUUUCAAAAAUGAUAAUAAGAAAUCAUAUGCUUAUGAAUUACUUGAAAGAUGUCUAGAUUUUUAAAAUAAUUACUUAAAAACUUUCAAAAAAUCAAAUGAUUUUUUUUUCCCGGGGAAGAAGAAGCAUCUUUUAAACAUGGCAUUAACUCAGUUUAGGAACAUGUUAACCUAUAAAGCUAUAAAUCAGCAUGAAAAACUCUGAAAAAAAAAAUAAACAUAAGUAAACAUCAAGAUACCAUGAAAAGACAGAAACAAAGACAGAAAGCAGAUAUGUAAAGAUAGCUUUUGCUGAUAAGUUUAGCCAAGAAAUGAAACGCAGGAGGAAAAAAUAUCCUUUUAUACAGUCCACAGACAUUUAGGAUAUCUCUUGGGAUCUUCUUGCAUCAUAAAAGUCUUACAGUUACUGGAAAAAGUGGGAAAAUAUCGCUAAAUUAUAAUCCACAAAUUAGCUCAAAACUGAGCAUUCAUCUUAACACAACAAUAAACCUGCAUAUCACAUUAUGCUAAUAUUCUCUUAGCAUCUUACACAAGUAUUUGAAAUGCAAAUCUUAAAGCUGGGAUGCGAAAAUUUCCUAACAAAAAGAUUCUAAUCAAUAACUAGAACCAUGGGAAAUAUAAUUAAAUGUAAAUAUAUAAAUGUAUAAUUAUUAUGAAAUCUUCCACAGAUUAGUUCAUCUUCUUUCUACCACUUUCUUUUUUCUUUCUGACAUUUCAAAGAUUAAGGCCAAGAAUCUUUCCCUAAGUAUUAACUAUCCUCUUGGACAUUUUAUAGUCCUGCCCUAAUCAGUGAGUUUUCAAACCCACCCUAGAAAAAAUUUCACAUGGAAAUAUGCUAUAUUUGUUAUUUCAGAAUCUAAUCAUAAUAAAUUUUACAACUCAAGUAGUUCACUGCACUUCCUUAAGUGUUGUCAGUGGCACCGAAAUCCCCAAAUAAGUUAAUUAUAAAUUAUUACUUCUAGAAAUUAGAGAUCAAAGGAACUAUAAAUUACAUAUUGCCCCAAACACACUUAAUUCCCAAU